GUCGAGCGGUCAGGGAGAAGGAGCGCUCUCUCUCUCUCUCUCUCUCUCUCUCUCUCUCUCUCUCUCUCUCACUCUGUCUCUCUCUCGCCAACUUCAUCAGCACCGGUGACUAGAGGAUGCUUUUCAUGCCAAAGCUCUGAGGAGCGGAGAGACAAGAUCGAGACGAGAGCAGAGGAGACCCCGAGGGCCUAGCGACUCACACUCUUCAUCGCCUUACAAAGACGCCGAGAUGGAUUCCGAAGGAGACGAGAAUCGUGUCGAGCGACGCAACGGCAAUGCUAUUCCGCCUGACUGCAUCAUCGACACGCACAGCCCGCACCUCUCUGCGGCGAGGAAGAGGAGCGCGGCCGAAGGGGCCCGUGGCACACCGGUUAACAAGAGGAAAUCUCUUCUGAUGAAACCACGCCACUACAGUCCCAGCGAAGAGGAGGAGGACGAGGACGAGGACGAGGAGGAGGAGGAGCACGAGGACCAGGAGGAGGACCUGGCAACUGCUCAGGACAAAGACGCACCCAGGAACAUUGACACUCCAGCAGACGACGACCUCGACUGUCUUGACUACAGAGACAAAUCUCACGGCUCGUUGUCGUGGUCAGAACACACCAGCCUGAGUUCUCCCGAGCCUUCCCAGAACGAAUGUGAUGAGAAAUGGCUGGAUAAAGACCUUAGUGAUAGAAGCCCUGAGAAAGAUACAGACCGAGAGGAAUGUGGAUGGAUUAGUCCCCACCCACUGACCGUGCCCGGUGCCAACUGCCCGAGCCCGAGCCCUAACUCGGUUGAUGAAGCCCGGCCCAGGAAACACUUUGGACUUCAGCUCCCCAUGUAUGUAAGUCACGCUGCCAGUGGGCUCCUGAUGGAUGAUUUUGCCUACUCCAGGGAGGUUAGUGAUAAUGAGGAUGAGGCCCAGGUGCCCAAGCUGGACGACCCAUUUGGGGGCUGGGCGCUGGGCAUGGGCAUGGAGCGGGCGCGGCUCAACCUGGGCCUCCUGGAGCAAGCCAUGCACAGGCAGCUCCUCCACGGUGCCUACAGGGAAAUGGACCGCUUCCUGUUGGAACGUGUCAACCAUGAAAGGAGACAAAUGGACGCUCGUGCUGUCUACCAUAACAACAAAGACUCAAUAAGAACAGAUAAAAAAGAUGUCAAGUGUCCGACCCCAGGCUGUGAUGGGACGGGUCACGUGACCGGAUUGUACCCACACCACAGAAGUUUGUCAGGAUGUCCCCACAAAGUCCGAGUGCCUCCUGAAAUUCUAGCCAUGCACGAAAACGUGUUGAAGUGCCCGACCCCAGGAUGCACAGGAAGAGGUCACGUCAACAGUAACCGCAGCACUCAUCGGAGCUUGUCCGGCUGCCCGAUCGCUGCGGCAGAGAAAGGUACUAAACCCCAAGAUGAUGUAUCCAAGUGUAGACAAACUUCAGACAAGAUGGCAAGACCUUUGGUUCAGAUGAAGAAGUUUGACUUCGGGCAGCUCGCCUACCAGUUUGCCCAUCCUGUGACCGCCUUGCAGGCCGGCGUGGCCAAAGAAAUGGACAAGUACAGCAAGGGACAGUUCGACUAUGCCAGCUUUGACGCUCAGGUGUUCGGCAAGCAGAACCAGGUUGUGUCCGAUCAGAACCAAGAGGCCUCGCACCUCCGUGACUCCUCCCCACAAUUCCCGUGUUUCCUGGCUGCAGGCAGUCGCGCGGCGAAACCCGGCGGGCAAAGCCCGAUCCGACCCCAAGCCCCGGGUAGCGUCCUUCAGUCAGGUACGGCGUCCACCGCCAUCCUCAACCUCUCUACCCGUUACCGGGACAACAGUGAUGCCCGACCACUGGCAUCGUUCACAAAGGACUCUGUGAUUGAAGUGGAUGAGAACGGGACGUUGGACCUGAGCAUGAAGAAGAAGAAGGAGAAGAGCACGGACUCACCGGUCAUGCCCGCGUUAGGAGAAGCCGUCUUCACGCCUCCUGAACCCUCGCUGGCUAAAGUGGGCGGCCUCCAUAUUUCCUCGGCUUUGUUCCGAGCCGUGUACGAGCAGGAGGGCUGGGACACGCCCCUGAAUUUCAGCAAAGCUCCGCUCCAGCAGGACAAAGACAUGGAGCAGCUGGAUAGGAUGUCGCUCGAGGAUAAAGUCUUCGCCGGAGAUGCGAGCAUGACCAGUGCCAAGAACAAGAUGCUCAUACGAGACUCCAAGAAAGAACUGAUGAGCUGUCCAACACCUGGUUGUGACGGGAGCGGCCAUGUGACAGGAAAUUAUGCGUCGCACAGAAGCGUGUCCGGAUGUCCGUUAGCCGACAAGACGCUCAAAUCUCUGAUGGCUGCUAAUGCCCAGGAACUGAAGUGCCCGACCCCUGGAUGUGAUGGUUCAGGUCACGUUACAGGAAACUAUGCAUCCCAUAGAAGUUUGUCAGGCUGUCCUCGUGCCAGGAAGAGCAACCUGAAGCUCACUCCCAGCAAAGACGAGAAGGAGGAGCCAGACAUCAAGUGCCCUGUAGUGGGAUGUGACGGGCAGGGCCACGUCUCGGGGAAAUACACCUCCCACCGUAGUGCUGGUAGCUGCCCUGUCGCUGCCAAGAGGCAGAAGGAGUUGAACGGUAUGGCUUUCUCCUGGAAGAACUGCAAGCAAGAGCUGCCUCACUGCCCUCUGCCCGGCUGUAACGGCCUGGGACACGCCAACAACGUGUUUGCUACACACAGGAGUUUGUCAGGCUGUCCACUAAACGCUCAGAGCAUCAAGAGGAAGCUGUCAGGAGACGAGAUGAUGACCAUCAAACUAAAAACCAGCAGUGGCAUUGAGAGCAGUGAGGACAUGCAGCAUUUGGACCACGAGAUCAAGGAGCUCAACGAGUCCAACUUGAAAAUCGAGGCAGACAUGAUGCAGCUACAGACGCAGAUCUCGUCCAUGGAGUGCAACCUUAAGACCAUUGAAGAAGAGAACAAGAUGAUCGAGCAGCACAAUGACAGCUUGCUGAAGGAGCUGGCACGGCUCAGUCAAGCCCUCAUCAACAGCCUUACCGACAUCCAGCUUCCACAAAUGGGUCCAAUCAACGAGCAGAAUUUCGAAGCCUACAUCAAGACACUGACGGAUAUGUACAACAGUUCGGAACACGAGUAUUCACCGGAAUGCAAGGCCUUGUUGGACAGCAUCAGACAGGCCAUUAAGAGCAUCCAUGUAGAAACCGUAUGCUCGCCAUGAAAUACCGUAUUUGCGGACAAGCAAUAUCUCUGGACAGCUUUUAUCCGUUCGGUUCAUUUUUGUUUGUUCGGGUGGCUGGCUUCAUACCAUGUGCAAGAACUAACUUCUUCUUAAACAGAAAUAUAUUUCAUGUAUUGUACUGAUAAACGCUAGCCACAUUUGAUUUGAUCGCCAUUUUGUUGAGAUUCUUAAUACCCCUUUGCACACGUUUAUUUCAUUUGCUUGACUUCUUUGUUUUGUGUGUUUAUAUUUAUUGCUAAUAUUUAUAAUUGGUUUUAUUUAUUGUCUUUACUCAUCGAAAAAAACGAUUUAUCAAACGUUAA